AUGGUUAACGUACCCAAGGAACGCAGAACCUACUGCGCUGGGAAGUGCAACAAGCACGCCAUGCACAAGGUCACUCAGUACAAGGCUGGUAAGGCUUCCAACUUUGCACAGGGAAAGAGACGUUACGACUCUAAACAAAUGGGAUUCGGUGGACAAACCAAGCCCGUCUUUCACAAGAAGGCGAAGACUACCCGUAAGGUUGUUCUUCGAUUGGAAUGUAAGAAAUGUAAGACCAAGAAGCAAUUGUGCAUCAAGAGAACCAAGCAUUUCGAACUUGGACAAAAGGCAGCAGCAUCUGGUCACCAAUAUUAA